AUGGAGCAGGAGAACCUCACCACCCCUGUGACAGAAUUUGUCCUCUUGGGUCUCACCCAGAGUUCUGAGCUGCAGCGAUUCCUCUUCAUUGUCUUCUCCAUAGUCUACCUGACAACCUGGCUGGGAAACUUCACCAUCAUCACCACCGUGAUAACUGACCGCCAGCUCCACACCCCCAUGUACUUCCUGCUGGCCAACUUGGCUUUCAUAGAUAUUAGUGACUCUACAGUCAGUGUGCCGAAGAUGCUCUCGGGUCUCCUCUCCCAGCGCAAAACCAUCUCCUUCAAUGAAUGCAUCCUCCAGAUGUUCUUCUUCCACUUCAUCGCUGGCGCUAUGGUAUUUUUACUUGCGGUGAUGGCCGCUGAUAGGUACGUGGCUAUCCAUAAACCAUUGCGAUACUUGACUAUCAUGAACCGGGGUGUGUGCAUGGGGCUAGUGGCUGGCACAUGGCUGGGUGGAUUGGCUCACUCUGCUAUUCAAAUUGGAAUGGUCCUCCAUCUACCGUUCUGUGGGCCGAACAUCCUGGACAAUUUCUACUGCGAUGUCCCACAAGUCGUGAAACUGGCCUGCACCGACACCCGCCUGUUCGAGCUGCUGAUAGUCUCCCACAAUGGGGUGAUUGUCAUAAUUAUCUUCAUUCUCCUGCUCAUUUCGUACACCAUCAUCUUAGUCAAGAUCGGGACACACCUCACGGAAGGGAAGCGCAAGGCUCUGUCCACCUGCGCAACCCAGAUCAUGGUGGUGUGUUUAAUAUUCGUACCCUGCAUCUUCAUCUAUGCCCGUCCCUUCCAGAAAUUCCCUAUGGACAAGGUGGUCUCGGUCCUUUACACUGUAAUCCCCCCAAUGCUGAACCCGAUGAUCUACACGCUGAGGAAUGCCGAGAUGAAGAAGGCCAUCAGGAGACUGAUGAGCAGAAUGCUCUUCUGGGGAGAAAAAUAA